GUAGGGAAAGGCAAGAGAAGCGGCUGUGCCUGUGUCUACUGCAUGCAUGCUAAAUAAGACACCUCCAGUCUUGGAUUAUCUGUCUGGCGGUGUGCUCGCAGCCUGAGACCCGGAGGCCGCCACCCCACUUCUCUUUCUCCUCCCUUUCAUACUGAAAGGAGAGUAGAGACACAGUCUACUGUUUGCCUCCUGCAGACUCCAUACACUUCUGAAUUCUGGUCAAGUGAGAUGAACAAGAUGAAGAACUUCAAGAGGCGUUUCUCACUCUCCGUGCCACGAACAGAGACAAUAGAGGAGAAUGAAUUUACGGAACAGAUAAACCAGCUCAACAUCCGCUGCAAUGAUGGUGUGGUGCCAAAUAGUCUUGGUCUGCACAGCCUGCAACCAAGUCCAGUGGCACCAGACAGUGAGGCCCAGUCCCCUACCCAUCUGGAGUACUGUAACAAAGUCCAACAUCGCCGGUUCUCCAUGGAGGACGUAUCUAAGAGGAUGUCUCUGCCCAUGGAUAUUCGUCUCCCUCCAGAAUUUCUGAAGAAGUUACAGAUGGAGAGUCCUCCACCAUGCAAACCUCUCAGCCGAGUGUCCAGAAGAGCUUCACUGUCGGACAUUGGCUUUGGGAAACUGGAGACCUACGUGAAGUUGGGCAAACUAGGAGAGGGUACAUAUGCGACUGUAUUUAAAGGUCGCAGCAAACUCACAGAAAACCUGGUCGCCCUGAAAGAAAUUCGUCUCGAGCAUGAGGAGGGUGCCCCGUGCACAGCCAUACGGGAAGUGUCCCUGCUUAAGAACCUGAAACACGCCAACAUCGUAACACUGCAUGACAUCAUCCAUACGGAUCGAUGCCUUACCCUGGUCUUUGAGUAUCUGGACAGUGACUUGAAGCAGUACCUCGACAACUGUGGAAAUCUAAUGAGCAUGCACAAUGUGAAGAUAUUUAUGUUCCAGCUUCUUCGUGGUUUAUCAUAUUGCCAUAAAAGAAAGAUUCUCCACCGGGACUUGAAGCCUCAGAAUUUGCUCAUAAAUGACAAGGGAGAACUCAAGCUGGCAGACUUUGGUUUGGCCAGAGCAAAAUCAGUCCCAACAAAAACCUAUUCGAACGAGGUAGUGACCUUGUGGUAUCGACCUCCUGAUGUUUUACUGGGUUCCACAGAGUACUCCACACCAAUCGACAUGUGGGGUGUUGGCUGUAUCCUGUAUGAAAUGGCAACAGGGCGUCCCAUGUUUCCUGGAUCAACAGUGAAGGAGGAAUUACACCUGGUAUUUCGGCUUAUGGGCACCCCAACUGAAGAGACUUGGCCAGGAAUCACAGCUAAUGAGGAGUUCAAAUCGUACCUAUUUCCUCAGUAUCGAGCACAAACGCUCAUUAAUCAUGUGCCCAGGCUUGACACAGAGGGGAUAGACCUUCUCACAGCUCUAUUACUGUUCGACACCAGACAAAGGAUUUCAGCCGAGUUGUCUCUGAGACACUCUUACUUCUUAAGUCUGGGCGAGAACAUCCACUCUAUACCUGACACUUCGACAGUGUUUUCACUGAGGGAGAUCCAGUUACAGAAAGAUCCAGGACAUAGGAGUUCAGUAUUCCAGCCUCCAGGUCGAGGGAAGAACCGCAGACAAAGCAUAUUCUGAGGAAAGAAUCAUAGUGGUGUAUAUGAAGAUCACAUCACCAGAACAAAAUCACUUUGAAGCAAACAGCUGUACAUGCCUAUUGUGUUACAGAAUGAUUUAUUUAUCACCCCAAAAUGUGCAUACAUGCAUCAGUUCCUAUACACUCCAAAAACAUGGAGUACUGUUGGCUGUAGCUCGGACAACUGACUGAAUAAAUCUGAAUCAGCCUCAGUUAUAUUUUAUAAGUGAAGGCCACAAAACACAAAAUCUGAUCAAAUUGAUAUUUAAAAUGGCCCAAGACAGUACUGACUGGUGCUAUGUUUGAAAUAGCAUUCUACACUUACUAUUUCUGCAGUAUAUACAGAAGAUACACCAGAAAUAUUUAGAGUAGUAUGGUAGUACGCUAUUUUCGAACUUGCCAUGAGAUUUAUCCAUAAGAGAGACUUGAGUUGAACUCAAGUUCAACUGGAUCUGUAGUACUUUCAGGUGUUCAGAAUUAUAUAUUUAGUAUUUUUAAGUGUGUGUGCGUGUGUGCAGUAUAUGUAUAAGAAACAUGGUAGCUACAUGUCUCACUUUUCCCAUUGCUUGAAAUUUCAUUCAUUUCCUUUUUGUUUGAACUUGUUUUGCCAUAUGUGUUUAAAGAGUCAUUGCACAAGCUCAUAUAACAGUUUAUUUCGCAAGCAUUUGCUCAAUACUAUAAUAUUUGGAAGGGUUGAGAUGUAUUACAAAUUUAAAUUCCAUCAUAAACAUUUGAGCCAUUGAGUAGAGAACCCUUCUUGAGAAUUACUUGAAUUCUGCCAUGUUGCCAUUGAACUUCAGAUAUUAAAGGUGCUGUAUGCGAUUUUAGCAUAGACCUCAUGUCUGCAAAUCCAAGCAUCCAAAAUGAUAGACAGGCAGAGAGUGAUUCUGAUUGGUUAUGUUUUCCUUGUGUUUUUCACACCCAUUUCACUGAUAUUUGUCAGGUAAUAGUGACAUUUUAUGUUUCGUAUUUAAAAUUGCUUACGGCAUCUUUAACAUUCUAGUUACUAUUUUACGAAAUCAUCAAAAGGUGCCUUUUGAAGACCAUAUGAGAUAAAUAUUAGACUUUCGGAAAAUACAAUCUACUUCAAUUAUUUUGUUCCUUUCAAGUAUAAUUGCACAUAUUAAUUGCUAAACUGUAUUUGCACAUGGCAUGCAAGUGUCCUCUUGAAUUUAGACUUUAUAUUGUUCUCCUACUGUACCUUGUAGUUUAAAAAAUAAAGCACUAUGAAUUUUUAUUGUUAAUGACGCUGUGCAGCAAAAUAUACUAGUUUUGCAGUUGACGAAAAUAAAAGUCCGAUAUUUUCUAGGCUAGAAUGACUGAUGGAGAGAAUGAGAGGUCAGAGCCAAUUCUGUAAUACAUUAUUUGACAUGACUGCAGCCAGGGGUGUAGACUCCAGGGGGAAUGGGGUAAAUAAUACAAAUAAAAAAACAAGCAAGAACAACAUACUAUGUAUACCAUGAUUAAUGGAAACAUAUAAAUUGUUCACACUGUAACCCCCCACUUCCCCAAUCUACGCACUUGACUGCAGCAGUGGCACUAAUUUAUGUGGUUUGUGGUAAAUUAAAAUAUAUUAAAUACUCUAUUGAAAAUAAUUAAUAUAUAAAUAUAUGUAUUUUGACAAGUGUUUUCUUUAUUCUCAGUGUGUUUAUGCCAGAAAAAAAGAGACUACUGUAUUACAUGAUCUUAGAUGACAUCUAAAUGUUUUAUAAAAGAUUUAGAUUUUUGUAUGAAAUGUGACAUUAAAUAUUUUGUGUGAUUUGUCUAUUCUAUUACGAUAUUCCGAAGCUGAAUGUAUUGUGACUGGGAAAAUGCCAAAAGUAAUUAAACAGUAAUUCAACUAAAUAAAUUGUAAAGUUACACAAAUUGCAAAGAGUUUGUUUAUUCUUUGGCAAUGGGGUGGACCAUGGUGGCCAAUGCAGUGUUUCUCAUCAUGAGAAUAAUUCCCUCAUCUCAAACAAUAGUCUUACUGUCUUGCAUGGAGAUGUCUGUCAUUAGUACACUUCAAAGUACAUUUUAAAUGAUGUAGUCUCGAGAGCUUUGUUCGAAAAUUAAUACUAGCUUAGGCUACUACUAAAUACUACGCAGUAUAUAGGCUAAAGUGCAGUAUGUAUACUUUAUAUUUUAUUAAACAUGUUCC